AUUUUAUGCGCGGCGACUGACACAAAUACACAACAAAGGAAAAAUCCACGAGGCAGCUGGUCGUGCUUGCAAGAGCGUUGUCUUGGUUGAGCUUGACAAAGGAAAACUAAUACCAUGCCCAAUUCCCCCUGCAAGGCCGAGAACUUCUCCCUCGGCAUCGAAGUGCCGAAGUUGAAGAAGCCGAGUAAGGAACCGUUGGUGCCCACCGAGAAGGUCGCGGGGUUCUUCCUGCAAUUCAAGGAGUCCCUGCCGAAAAAGCUCGAGAUUCCGGAGGAGAAAGACCUCCAGAAGGGACUGCAGAGCGGUAGAAUGGUUUUUGUUAUACAACUUUGAGUAUGAAAAAAAAAGAUAAUGUAGUUUGACGACUUCAUGCUUGUCAUGAUGAAAAUAAUGUUGAGUAGGAAGGAGAAAGCAAAACUGCAUCCUCUCUUACAGUGCCGGUCCCGAACUUUACGAAGUUUAAUGUGGAAGCGCACAAGAAGAUGGUCGAAAAACAGGAAGAGGAACGCGCGCAGCACAACAAGAAGUUCGUCGAGGCGCAGCGCGCGGCGGCGUUGAAGCCGGUGCAGCAACCGGUGUGCGCGUCCGCGCGCACCCCCUGGACACCCCGAGUACCAGCCGGUUUACGCAUAGGAACAACGAAAAGGCGAUCGAGGACCAAGAAGCGCUAGACGCGGCGCUGCCCGCGCCGGACCGCAGUACGAGAUCAAUCGGCGGGAACGCCGCGAGGGUGGGGUCGGUCACGGUGACGGGAUCAACAUCUUCUGCAAAUGAACAGGAUAAUGCAAAUGAGCAAAGCAGGAAUGCUAGCGGUACGAGUCGGGCAAGUCGUAGAAGUUCCAAAAGCAAGAGGAAUUUUGCUGAACUAAAUCUAGAAGAAACAGCGGCGCUGUUAGGCGAGGACGACACCAGCAGCCCAGAAAGAAAUUCAGUGUCGAGAAAGGGAAAGGGGAAGGGCAAGAAAGGAACGUGAACGAAAAGACAAUAAACUUGAAAACUUCUUUCGCGUGCCUGUAUGAUGAAACAAGAUUAACUGUUGUGUUUCGAAUGCUUGCAGGAUGUGCCGCCACAAAAAACCGUGUGGUCAGUAAAGUUUCCAAGAAGAAGAAUUAU